UGAGGAUCUAGCAGGAGAGGGAGGGCCCCAAGUGCAGACUGUUCCUAUUCUUAAUGUCCCCAUGCUUCCUAGCAGUGGCCAGAGGACUGAGCCCAAGGAUAAGGUUGAUGGAAGUGCUCAGGAUGUUAAUUCUGAGGCUGACAAUCAAAAUGACAGCAGUGGAGAAGAAGAUGCAGAGGAUUCCAGUUUCCUUGAUAUCUAUGAAGAUAAGUUGGUCAGUGAGGGUGUGGUCAAUGAUGAGAGGGAGGAGUCAACCGGAGGUGACACCCCUAAAGAAACCAAACCCUCCGAAGAGACCAGAGUAUUAUCAAAGGACCACAGACUGAGACUGAGGCUGUUAACAGCUCUCUCUGAGCAUUUGGAGGUCGUGGAGAAAGUGGGAGGAGUCAGAGGAUUACCGUACAUGCAGGUUAUUGUUUUCCUUUGUGGUUAUCUUGAAGGUGAUUCUAAGGACAAUAAAGCUUUUAGCUCCCUGCUGUCGGCCAUUUUGAAACUGCUAGAGAGACAGGAGGUCUCGGUCCUGAUAGAGAGGUCCUCGUCAUCUGAAGGUUCUUUACUGAUGCUCCGAUUCUUGAACAUAAUAAUGAGCAGGAAGAGAAUCAGAGCAGAUAAGAAUGAGGGUUCUUCUUCUGCUAAUAGGUUAUGGAACUACACUGCUAAGCACCUUCUCUCGUGGAACUGUAUGUCAUACUGUCUCAAUGUACUCAAAGGACUUUUGAAAGAUAAGAAUAAGUUCAAAGUUGAAGAAUCUUCCUCUACUAGUUCUGAUCUAUUGAAGCCUCAUCCUCAGUCCUCAGUCUUGGACUACAGUCCUUUCUUUCAGCAUCAAUAUGUCAAGUAUCAUUCCAGUGAUGUCUUUGAGUGUUAUCCUGUACUACUGCAGACAUUGUAUUAGCUCUGCCAUGUCAGUUGAAGAAGUUUUGUGAGAAGUCUACAUCGUCAGCUUUAAGUGUUGAGUUUAACACUGAAUGGAUGGAAACACUUUGUGAAUAUUUCAUGGCCACCUCUCACCUCAC